AUGCCACCUCGCCAAUCACCUCCACCCGAAAUCUCUCGACGAGGCGAGCAGCGACCGACUCUUCCUCCCAUUCGGCAACUGUUUGGAACGGAACUGUCGCAGUCUGUUCCACCUCCACAGGCCCGUCAGCCGACCUCCUCUCCCCAUAUACCGUUCCAUCGCCUUACUUUGCAGGACGAAGAGCGUCGAUACGCGUCAUCAUCUCCUUCCGCUGGUCAGCGGAGCAGCUCCCUGAUAUCGUCCCAUUCGCACCCCUCUCACCACGGUCAUCCUGGAUCGUCCAGCUCUGGGGGGCAUCUGAGUAACCCGUCGGACCCCUUGUAUCGCUCGCAGGCUUACGAUGCACCCCAGCAGUAUCCUCCGCAUGGACUUGUACAUCCGUCAGCGUAUCCGCCGCAGGCACUGGACAGGAGCGCCAUGGCGAGCGGAACGUAUCCGUACUCGACGUCUCUGCCUGCAAUGCAGCAGCAGUCCAUUCCGCUGCCCGGUCCCUCGGCCGCUUCUCUAGGUGAUUUCUCUGCUGAACGGUUAUCCAAGUAUGAGUGCGGUUACUGCGGUAAGGGUUUCACUCGGCCCAGUAGCUUGAAGAUCCACCUCAACACUCAUACCGGAGAGAAACCGUUCAUGUGUCCCUACCCCGGCUGCGGCCGCAGCUUCAGCGUCCAGAGCAAUAUGCGCAGACAUGCUCGUGUUCACUCCCGCACAGACGCCCCGCAGCAGGAGCAGGGUGAGGAAAGCAUGGAAGAGAGUGACGAACAAACUUCGUCCGAUAGGGAAGAGACGCCACCCGCAGAUUCAAGCAAAGGCAAGGACAGGGCGUGA